AUGAACUCACAUCUGACACCAAAUAUUCGUUAUAUCCUACCAGAAGACAUGAAUCAACUUGUUACCGAAGUACUAAAUGUAGUUGAACUAAGUGAAAUAGCAGAUUUUGGCUAUAUCUCACUGAACGAUCAAUCGUUUAUAAACGAAAUCUUACGACAAAAGCUGUCGGAGAAUGAAGCUAGUACCCGUCCAGAUCGUGUAGUAAAAGAGAUAAAUGCAUAUUUAGAACGGCACCACUCAAAUAUGACAUCGUCUUCUGCUAAUUGGACUAAAAUAUUCGGUAAAAUAAACUAUGAUCUUUAUAAACAGGCUCGUAAAUUUAUGGAAAUUCGUGAGGAAAGAUUCAACCUUAAGACAAUUCGAGCUUAUAGAAUAAACAAGGAUCAUUUUAAUGACAGUCUGAAGUUAGUUCAGAAAAGUGUGAUCAUAAUAAAAUCAGAUUCAGUACACAGUGUACCGAUACGAUCAGAAUACGAAUCGUUAUUGACGACUGGCGGAACUGCAUUUGAAACAGCGGAGCAGAAGCUAAUUUUAAUUGAAUCGAAACUACAAGAACUUGAAUUACAACUUCAGAACAAGAAUGAAACGAUGGGUCCAAUCAAAGGCGAAAAAGGUGAUACGGGUUAUCCCGGCUUGCCUGGAUCUAGAGGAUUACCAGGCCACGAUGGUGCCAAUGGUACACCAGGAAAGCCUGGAGGAAUGCCUGGAGCUAGAGGAUUACCAGGCCACGAUGGUGCCAAGGGUACAGAAGGAAUGCCUGGCUUUCCAGCAUCAACAGGAAUGCCUGGCCUUACAGGACCAUCAGGUGAGUUCAUUUUAUCUUUUCUCGGUCGAAGUAAGUUAUCGUUUGUCAAAGAUUAGAAUCCCAUUCGCAAUUCUGUAAUGGACUUACUACAGGUGAUGAGACAGUUUUAGGUUUUCGGGCCUAUUUAGUCUCUGAACCGAAAGUAAGCAUACUGCCAGAUGGACAUAUUUUUUCUCAAUUAUUACAUUACUCCGCAAAAGUAGCGACACCCCUGUAAUUCAAAAACCUUGAUAGCUAGGGACUUUUAAUUUUGUGUGACGAUGGCUCUUACCGAAUGCUGAUCCCUCAUCAAGUUUGGGCCUCUUUUGCUGGAUGGUUCGUGAGGUAUAAGCGAUUUAUUUCUUUUCCGUAAAAUAUCAGUAAGAGAGAAGAAAAUCUUUUCUUUUUACAAAAAUGUAGCCACGACUCUAGCUUGUCUACGGUAUGAAUUUCAUACCAGGUAGCUGUUAAUGGUCAGUGAAAUACAGCUAUUUUACGGACGCUUUUUUUUGUUGAAAAUUCGAGAUCCUUAGAGAAAAACUUUUAUCAGAAAGAGUACACACUCACCAUCAACCAAGAGAGAAAAUUUUCAAUGAAAACGUUUUGUUCGAAAACUGAAUGUUAAAUAUGCUAUUCGACUCAGUUUUGCCUGCUACUCUCAAAUACUUAGGGCGUUCAAAAAGUUCUGAGAACUGAAAAUAUUUAUUGAUAGAAAAAACAUCCAGUCGAUCUCUCUAUAACAAAUGUUCAAAGUAAUCACCGUGAUGCUCGACACAAAGUGUCAUCCUCUCAAUCCACUUCUGACAUGUCUUUUUGUAUUCGCCAACCGGUAUCGAAUUGAGCUCCUUGGUUAUUGCUUUUGCCAAACUUGUUUCAUCCGGAUAGGUACUAAGUCUAUCUUUAAGAUAGCUGAACAACCA